GUAAUGUCUGGUACAAGCUAAGCAAAGAAAUCAGUGCAAAAGAUCCAGCCACAGAGAACAAGCCACUUCUCUGCUUUCUGAAUUUUCCAGAUGCCCAUUUUCAGUCAGAAUGGAUUUUCUGGUUUGUUAAAAGAAUGAAAAUCGCUUUCAAAAGCUUGUCAAUUAUCUGUAGUACCGUGGGAGUGCUUCUUACUCACACAUGAUAAUACAACCCACCACUCUGUGAUCUGCAGUGAAGGACAGCAUUCAAGGGAAGGGUUUAUUAAUGAAAUAUGACAGGGUACGCAGAUUUGAUCUUCCUAUCUACCUUCCUCUUGGUUUCCAUGACAACUGAACCAUUUGAUCCAAUGGAAGGUGAGGCUUUAGUUAUAAAAUGUCCCAAACGGAGUUCAUCUGUGAAAGUUACCUGGUAUCACAUGGAUACUAACAAAAUAAUUCCUGCAGAAGAGGAGGGAUCACGAAUAUUUUCCUUAGAACGAUUUCUUUGGUUUCUGCCAACUUCUAGAGAGGAUUCUGGAAACUACACUUGUGUAACACAUCUUUCAAAAAAUCGCACAAAGUCAUUCAACGUGAGUGUGCAAGUGCAUUCCUACAAGCAAGGAGUAUGUUUCCCAAGUCAGAUUCGUUACCCAAAUGACACUGGAAGAGGAAAAAUUGUUUGUCCUACCAUUGAUAACUAUAAGAAUGCUACUAUCGUCCAGUGGUAUAAGGACUGCAAACCUCUUCAGGGACAGAGAUACUUCAAGGAAGAAAAAUACAUUUAUAUUGAGAACCCAACAAGGGAGGAUGAUGGUUAUUAUACUUGUCAGUUUAUUUAUACUCAUAAAGGAAAUGUGUUUAAUGCAUCAGCAACAAGAAUUUUCAUAAGUGAGGCAAAACACUCACCUCUACCUCCUCAAAUCUUAUUUCCAAAGAAUAAAGAAGUAAUAGAAGUGGAGCUUGGUGCUGCUUUGUCUCUGAAAUGUCAGGCCCUCCUGGGGAUUAAGAAACAGCCAAUGUCUGCUGUCAGAUGGGAUGUGAAUAACAUCCCAGCAAAACACUACGAUUUUACAAGAUUUCAUGAAGAAACACAUUUUUUUGAAGGACAUGAGCAAGAAUACUACGAAGAGACCACUUUGAAUAUAACUGAAGUAAAAAACAAGGAUCUGCAGUCAAAUUUUACAUGUAUAGCAUUGAACAGAAUGCACAACACAAGAGUCACAGUGACAUUACAACUCAAAACACAAUUUGAGGUGGUUCUUUGUAAUGUCCUCUUGAUCGCAGGAUCUCUAGUUCUGCUAGUUGCAAUAGCAGUCUCGGUUAUACUUUAUCAGUCCUUCCGAGCUGAUAUCGUCCUAUUGUAUCGGGAGAUAUUUCGGCCCUACUCCGUCAAGGACGAUGGGAAGAUAUAUGAUGCAUAUGUUAUCUACCCCAAAAACCACACCAAUGAAGCUAAUUUUGUGGAAUACUUUGUUUAUCAAAUCAUGCCAGAUAUUCUAGAAAAUAAAUGUGGAUAUAAAUUGUGUAUUUAUGGGAGAGAUAUAUAUCCUGGAGAAGAUACAGUCAGUGCAAUUGAGAAGAGGAUGCAGAGGAGCAGACGGCUGAUCAUCCUUCUAACACACCAGCUGAUUAAUUGUAAAGAACCUACUUAUGAUCAACACAUUGCUUUAUACAAUGCCCUCAUUCAAAAUGACACAAAGGUGAUCCUUCUGGAAAUGGAGAGAAUUGGGACUUAUGGGAAGCUUCAGGAAUCUCUUAGGUUUCUUAUUAAGCAGCAAGGUACCAUCAAAUGGAAAGAGCAGCACACUGUGCACCCACAGUCACCCAAUUCUAAGUUCUGGAAACAGGUGAGGUACCAUAUGCCACUGACACUCAAGUCCUCACACUCAGCUAACACUGGGUGAACAGUCUAUGGAAAUACUGGUGGACUCUCAGGAUGGGCUAUAUGCCUGCAACUCUUUUUCCUUUCAGAACGUACAUGAUUUUACAAUCUGGAAGUCUGGUUGUGUUUUUUGAACUUUUUUUGAGCUUUUUUCAGUCCUUCAAUUGAAUAAUGAUAAGGUAAAUCAAUAGAAGAGGUCUAGGGAACUGAGAGAAGUUUUUAUAGGUAUGAGAGUUCUGUGAAGAACUAAUUCUAGAUCGUGUGGAGUAUUUUGCAUGAAGCUAAAUGUACCUAUAUUCUUUCUAUAUAUAGUUGUACAUAUAACAGAAAGUUAUUAUUGUGAAUAGGUGAAUGCCUUCCAGGUUUACUUCACCUUUCUAAUGCAGUUGAUCAAACCUAAAUGCUUUAUGUAUUAUUUGACUAGAAAGUAUAAUGUGUAUUAUGCCAAUAGAAAGUAUAAUGUUAUGCUUUUGUUACCUUUUUUUUGCCACAUUUCUUUUUGAUUCAAUAGUGAUACUCAAACCAUGAAAUUUUAGUUUUCCUUAGUAUGGAUGCCUCACUAAAGGCUCUUUUGAGACUGAUGUGAAUACAGCAUUAAAAAAAUGCAGUGUUAAGCGAAAUAAAUACACUGAUAUAUAUUUAUAUGCAAUUUUUUAUAUUUUAUAUAUAUACUAAAAUCAAUUUCAU